AUGCCAAAACUGGCUUGGGCUCGCUUGGAUGCUACCGGAAACUCUAUUUUGCAACUCUUCAUUGGAAUGGUUUUCAUAGAUGCUUCAGCCAUCUUUGUCAUCACCAAAACUCAGUCUCCCCCACUUGGUCUGGUAUCUUUUGUGGAACCUGGUUGGCUGUAUGGAACCAACAAGCGUACGGGCAAAUCUGGUCUGUUCCCCUCGAACCAUGUGAAAAAGGCUGACUGA